GCAGUGGACUCGACCCAGCUUGCUCGUUAGUCAGGAGAUAUUAUUACCCGCCUAUCAUGCUACCCUCCGCGGCUGAGCUUGUCGCUCGAUUUCUCAGGACAAACGGGUACACCGAGACGUUGAAGAGCUUUGUCAAGGAGGCUGAUUUACCAUCCGAUAUCGGUACCGGAUCUGACAGCUCAGUAACAGUAGAGUCGAUACUCCAAGAGAAGAAAACGUUCGACCUCAGCCUCAAUUUCGAAAAGCUUGGUGUGGAAGAUGGAAACCGCAAAUGGACAGUACCGGCGCCAUCAAAACCAACAGUCUUGUCAUCGCUGCCCAGUCGUUCCAAUAUCUUGAGCGUAGCUGCCUUCCGACUGUUACUUCCAUCGAGCUCGAGCGUCAAACAGUAUGUCGCUGUCACUACAGCCGAUCGACGACUGCACCUCCUGGACCCGGCGUCUCCUAGCUUUGAGCUCGUUCAUUCGUACGCUGGCUUUCAAGACUCACCGAUCCUGGAUGUUCUCUCUAUAGGCUCUCGGUAUUUGUUGAUCGCCUCUAUGUCUGGCAAAUUGAUGCUGUACGACACUGUGAUCGACCAAAUCGUGGACGAAAGAAAGGAUCAUUCCAAAUAUGUCGUCAAAAUAGCAUGCUGGUCUUACGAUGACUUUGUUAUGGUAGCGAGUGCAGGAUGGGACUCUCAAGUGUUGAUCUACCGAAUUCACAUUGGUAGAAACGCCCCACGCCUCGGCGGACCUUUGUCCACUCUUACGCUGAAGAGCAUCCCCGAGACUGUCCUUUUCAUUCAAUCGCCAGAAGACGGUUCUCCGGUUCUAUUGGUCGCACGCAGGGACUCUACUUUCCUGUACUACUAUCAGGUCCCUCAGGUCAGCGAUUCAGCAUUCAAGCUCCUUGGGAAGCAGAACCUAGCUCCGCAUUCCAACGCAUGGGUGGCGUUUACUCCUGCAGAUGUCCGUAUCUGCCCUACUGAUCCGUCUGUGGUUGCUGUUGCAACUUCAUCGACGCCUCACAUGAAGGUUCUCAUCUUGAAGCUCCUUCUUCCGCCAACACAGCCUUGCGCAAUAGACGACACGGCUGGUUCGGACGCGACAGAGCCGAUCGCACUUACGCAAGCUUCUCAGGCACGUGCUGAACUUUUGGUCGCAGACAGAGAAGAGGCGGCCAUAUCGAUCAACGUGUCGACCAUGGCACCGCAGACUGCUUAUUCCACCCCACGGUUGACUUGGCGACCUGAUGGCACAGGUCUCUAUGUCAGCUCAGACGACGGUGUUGUUCGGAGCGUCGAAGCAAGCAGUGGAAAAUUGAUUGCAAGUAUGGAGGGACAUGAACCUGGUAGCAAACUAAGGUGUCUCUGGGCUGGAGCCCUUGAAACACACGACAAUGAAACGAGCGAUUCGACAGCCAGUCGCGAAGUCUUAAUUAGUGGUGGUUUUGAUCAGAGAUUGAUACUUUGGAAAAGUUGAUUACUCUAUACUUGAUCACUCUCUGUUAGGCAUAGAUUCUGCUCGCCGUGGAAAUGAGGCUCAUGACAGGCUCUGCCCUUAAUGCGUACUUUCAGGUUUGAGCCGCAGUUUGUAUCACGAGUCAUCCACACCUCGGCCCACCAUUCUAAACGUAAGUACAGUCGUGCGUUUUCACAUAAUCCGGUGGACACUCCAGAAUCGAUGUGAUUAAAGGUUUUAG